AGCCCAGCGGCGGCAGGAAUGCGGAACCGGCGCGCGGGCUGACCGCCGGGAUGGCGCAGAGGCGACAGCGGCGGGCGGGCUGCGCCGGGCCCUAGCGAGCGCGCACGAGCCCGGGCCGGCUCGGCACCGCGGCCAUGGCCAAGGAGCCGCGCAGGGCGGUGCAAGAGCUGCUGCGGUGGCCGGGGAACACACGCUGCGCCGACUGCGGAGCCCCAGACCCUGACUGGGCAUCCUACACCCUGGGAGUGUUCAUCUGCCUGAGCUGCUCAGGAAUCCACCGAAGCAUCCCUCAGAUCAGCAAGGUGAAGUCAGUCCGCCUGGACGCCUGGGAUGAGGCUCAAGUGGAGUUCAUGGCCUCCCAUGGGAAUGAAGCUGCCAGGGCCACAUUUGAGUCCAAAGUGCCGUCUUUCUACUAUCGGCCCACAUCUUCCGACUGCCAGCUCCUGCGAGAGCAGUGGGUCCGCGCCAAGUACGAGCGGCAGGAGUUCAUCCUCCUUGAGAAGCAAGAACCCUACUCUGCAGGGUACCGUGAAGGCCUUCUCUGGAAGCGAGGCCGGGACAACGGGCAGUUUUUAAGCCGGAAGUUCGUGCUGACAGAGAGAGAAGGGGCCCUGAAGUAUUUUAACAAAAAUGAUGCCAAGGAGCCCAAGGCCAUCAUGAAGAUCGAGCACCUGAAUGCAACCUUCCAGCCAGCCAAAAUCGGCCACCCUCAUGGCCUACAGGUCACCUACCUAAAGGACAACAGCACCCGCAAUAUCUUUGUCUACCACGAGGAUGGGAAGGAGAUGGUGGACUGGUUCAACGCGCUUCGGGCCGCCCGCUUCCACUACCUGCAGGUGGCCUUUCCAGGGGCCAGUGACAUGGACCUGGUGCCGAAGCUGUCCCGAAACUACCUAAAGGAAGGCUACAUGGAGAAGACAGGGCCCAAGCAAACAGAAGGCUUCCGGAAGCGCUGGUUCACCAUGGAUGACCGGAGGCUCAUGUACUUCAAAGACCCCCUGGAUGCCUUCGCCCGAGGGGAGGUCUUCAUUGGCAGCAAGGAAAGCGGCUACACGGUGCUGGAGGGGCUCCCGCCAUCCACCCAGGGCUACCACUGGCCACAUGGCAUCACCAUUGUUACACCCGACCGAAAGUUCCUGUUCACCUGUGAGACGGAGGCUGACCGGAAGGAGUGGGUGGAGGCCUUCCAGAGGGUGGUGGACAGGCCCAUGCUGCCCCAGGAGUAUGCAGUGGAAGCCCACUUCAAGCAUAAGCCCUAGCAAGAGACAUCCAAGGCCUGAGGACGCUGGACUCACAUGACUGGCUGGCAAGGAGGUAGCCAGCUGCCCCAGCCAGCCCCUGCUCCUUGGAACAGGCAAGAAUGGCCAGGUAGGGCCUCAGCUUUGGCUGCUAGGAUGUGAGUCUCUGGAACCUCGUCGUAGGCAACCUCAGCCCCGUCAACGUUGCUGCUGACCAUGCCUGGCCGACCCACACCCCUCCCUGCCCACCCCUAGUGAGGGCGGCUCAACUAACUCCUUGCUCCCAGCCCAGCCAGAGGUUACACCAGGCCUUGGAAUGGGACCUCAGCUGGGCUGCUGGGGAUUAGGGCCUGCCGCAUGCCUCCCCUCCCCACCUCAACAAGUAUUUAUUGAGCACCUGCUGUGUCGGUCACGGGUCCACUGAGGAUGUGUGCACACACAUCCCAGCCCUGGAUUGAGUCCCAGCGCUCCUGGGCACCUGGCCUGGGGCAGGAGGGCCAGGGGCUCAACCAGGGCUACGCCAGGGCAUCUGGUGCCCAGCUUGGUGCUUGGCCUGGCAGGUAACCCAUGCCCACCAGCCCUGGCCUUGUGGUCUUUGAGCCCUUUAGGAUGAUGGCCCCCCAGGGGCAGGGCAACCCUGCAGCCUAGCUCCCCCAGCUGGGCCCUGCUUGCUGCUGGCAGGCCAGUAGUUAAAGCCACCUUGUAUUUAUUUCUCACCUGAUCUCCUUCCGUGCUGCAUCCUGGUCACCCAGGACAGCCAGGGUGGAGCGCACAGCAGGGAAGCACCUGCCCCAGGGAGUUGGGAGGUCUCCUGAGCUGGUGUCCUGUGCCCACGUCACGUCCUAGAAUAAAGUGUGGCUCUGGCA